AUGAUCAAGAUAUUGUUGUUAUUUGUUGCUUCUAGCACAAGUCAUUCAAUUGGAUUUCAUUCAGGAGACUCUGCAUUAUGUAUGGAAAUUCAUAAGGACCAAGUUCAACGUAUUAAGGUCUCGCUUGGUUCCUAUCACCAUUUAAAGUUUGGUUCAAUUGAGUUUAUUAUCGUCAAUUCAAAGGUAUUGGCAAUUCAAGUGUCCCCUGCUGCAGUAUCACCCAGUUCCGGUGGGAUAGAUGGCUUAUCACCAGCAGAACUUCAAUCAAGAAUACAAUUAGUUUUUGAGUCCGUGGCUAAGGAUGCUGAUGUGGGUCAGAUCCUGAAGGAUAUUAAACAUCUUGUUGAAGACGCACGUGUUCUUGAAGACGCACAUGAUACAUCCAUACAAGACUCUGCUACUGUCACUCCCCACGAUGUCCCGCCUUCUGGUAUUCCAUGUGAUAAAAAGGAUAAUUCUGAAGAUGCCGGUUCAGUUGCAGAAAAAGAACUCAUUUCAUCCCAAGAACCUACUCAAUAUAUACAAAUAACUUCUGAUGUAGAAUCUGCAAUUUCUCAAAUUCAUGACUUCAUUUGUUCCUAG